UUUUUGCCAUCGGUCGUGAUUGCCUCGACGCGCGGUCACAUCAGAGUGGUCGUGCACGCGGCUCGCCCCCCUCAGCAAAUUCCCAUUUUUAAUCGAUCAUUGGUGACUGGUUUGAAAACACCAUGUCGGAAGUGUUGCCUUACAACGAGGAGAAUAUCACUCAUUAUGACGAUGAUGGAGAUGUGGAUCAGCUCUCCCUUACCUGUCGUUUGCAGAAUACCAAUAACUUAUUUGGUGUGUCGCAGAAUAAAAGACCCCCCAAACUUGGACAGAUUGGAAGAAGUAAACGAGUUGUCAUUGAAGACGACCAGAUUGAUGAGGUGCUGAACAACACAACCGAAAAAGCACCACCGGGAGAAUAAAAUCCGAAAGCCAGCCGUAGAGGAGUGCAGUGAAAAUAUAGCAUCCCACGUUUGGCAAAAGCACUUUGAAACCGAAGUGUGGGUUGUUUUCACUAACAAAACGGUGCAGAGUAUUUCAGAGCAGACUUGAAAAGAGGGAGCGGAAAGUCACACUUCACCUUUCUCAUUUUCGGCUGUUAUGAUGAAAUUCUUACUGGUCUGUGAUGAUAGUGUACAGCAGACACGUGGUGGGAAAUGCCUGCACUUCAUAAGCACACAUUCAACUUUUGUUGUUGCUUUCUGAAACUAAGCACUUUGUUUAUCAACCAUAAAUCUAAGACCGUUAUUUUGUGUACAAUGGAAAAUGCUGUUAUGUGUAUUUCCUCUUUGAAUUAUCCAAUUUAUUAACUUUUGUAUAUUUUUUGGCAGUGUUGAAGAAAUGGAAAUCUGUUUUUAUAGAGAGACAAAUGAAGGAGAACUCCCUUUUUAAGACUAAUCAUUUUUUAUGUUGCUGAAUGUAUGAUGUGUAUUUUGUCAUGACAUAGGCUACAUACAUUGCCUGCUCAUUCUUAAAAGUAAGAUGUGUAUUUUUAUAAAAUGGAGAUAUUUCUGAAACCGUCAGUUUGGAUACUGGUAAUAGUUCAAGCACUUUUCAAUGUGAUAUAUUGCCUACAGUACUCUGCUGAACAGGAUGGGAUCACAUCUGUGCCAAAUACUUCCCUACAUCGGCAGACUUGUUUUCCUGUGCUCUUUGUGAUGUUCUAUAAGCCUGGCUAUUGCUUCUUUCAGGGUACUUUCUUACUAUCAGCUUUUUGCAUGAGGCAGGCCCGAUAACAGUGUGGCAUUGAAUCUGAUGUACUUCUUAUUUUAUUUGUUUGUACUUGAAUGACAGACCUCAAAAAUGUCUUCACAAACUGUUUAUGUUGCACUUAACAGGGCUAUCUGCAACUGAAAAUAUGGCAUUAAAACAUGAAAACAUGCAUGGAUUUAAAUCCCCAUUUCUUUUGAUGUAAUGUCAAGAUUGUGAAAGCUGCUGGCUAAAAUAUAUUGCAGAUAUUUCUUAUUUUAACAGCAAGCUCAGAGGGCAAAAAGUAACGGCCUCGUCUAUUUUGUUAUUUGACCUUAUGAACCAGUUUUUAGGCUAAAAAAGUUUGUGAGUGAUGUCUUACUUCAAAGCCCUUCCCAUUCACUUCAAAGCUCAUUUGGUUCUUUCAUGAUUAAGGUUUGUCCUGAUUACUCAUUUAGAAGGGACCCUCAGCGUAACCCCAUCUUUACGAUAUAUGCUCCACACUGAUGGCAUGAGCAUAUGUAGCCUACCAAAUUUCGUUGUAUGCAAAUACAAUGACAAUAAAGGCUUUUCAAAAUUUCAAAA